AUGGACCAUGGCUGCCAGGUGCGCAAGCGUGACGUGGUUGUGAAUGUGGCCGGCGGUGCCCCGGCGGGCGCGUCCGUGCGCGUGGUGCAGCUGGACAGCGCCUUCCCCAUUGGCAGCUGCAUCAACGGCACGGUGAUCCAGGACCCGGCCUUCGUGGACUUCUUCACCAACCACAUGGACUGGGCCGUCUUCGAGAACGAGCUCAAGUGGUACUGGACCGAGGCGCAGCGCGGGCAGCUCAACUACGCGGACGCCGACCGCCUGCUCGACUUCUGCGACCGCGCGGGCAAGCCCGUGCGGGGCCACUGCAUCUUCUGGGCCGUCGACGGCGACGUGCAGCAGUGGAUCAAGGACAUCGCCGCCUACGACCGGGACCAGCUCAUGGCUGCCGUGCAGGCACGCCUCAACGGCCUCCUCGGCCGCUACGCGGGGAGGUUCCCGCACUACGACGUCAACAACGAGAUGCUGCACGGGCGCUUCUUCCGCGACCGCCUGGGCGACGACGUGGCCGCGCUCAUGUUCCGCGAGGCGGCCCGCCUGGACCCGGGCGCCGCGCUCUUCGUCAACGACUACAACGUCGAGUGCGGCAACGACCCCAGCGCCACGCCGGAGCGGUACGUGGAGCUCAUCCGUUACCUGCAGUGGCGCGGCGCGCAGGUCGGCGGCGUCGGGCUGCAGGGCCACGUGACCCACCCCGUCGGGGAGAUCAUCUGCGACGCGCUCGACGCGCUCUCCGCGGCCACCGACCUGCCUAUCUGGUUUACGGAGCUCGACGUGGGCGAGCCCGACGACGCCCUGCGGGCCGACGACCUCGAGGCCGUGAUGCGCGAGGCGUACGCGCACCCGGCCGUCCAGGGCGUCGUGCUCUGGGGGUUCAUGCAGGGAUACAUGUGGAGGCAGGACGCCGCCCUCGUCAACAGCGACGGCACAGUCAACGACGCCGGCCAGAGGUUCAUUGACCUCCGGAGGGAGUGGACCUCCGACGCGCGGGGCCGCCUCGACGCCGAUGGACAGUUCAAGUUCAGGGGCUUCCACGGCAACUACGUGGCGCAGGUCACCAUGCCCACGGGGACGAAGAUGCUCAAGGCGUUCACCGUCGACAAAGGGGACACGCCUCUCGUCCUGGACAUGGAUAACUGA